AUUUAAAAAAAAUGGCCUCACCUUCGAAUGGGCAAGAUUGUUUAGGAGCAAUCGCAGAUAAUUAUUAUUCUUCUAGUGAUAACGAAAACGACAAAGAAGACGAUGUACGUGCUCCAGAAUACCAGAAAACUUUCAAAGUAAGUGAUGAAAUUGAUACAGAAUCACAGGAAGUUAAUCAUCUUUCGUCGUUCGGAUUAUUUUCAGCAAAAUGCGAAAGCACCCUGCUGAAGACUAACUUCACUAAACCUAGUAAGAAUAAGACUGAAAUUAGAAAAAAUGAAGACGCCACAUUAGGUCUAACCAUAACUUCAAGUGAAAGUAUUAACCGUAAACCUUCAUACGUUUCUUUAAAGUUAAGGAAAGACAAACUUACUUCUGAAACUGAAAGUUAUUUUUCAGAAAGUGCCCAUAAUGACUGUGAGAUUGCAGAAAAUCGGUGUAAAACUAAAAGACCCCGUUUACAAGUUCCAGAACAGGUUUUACAAAUGUUUGAUGAUUCAACCAGUAUCCCCUAUAAAGAUGACACUAAACAACGUGGUGGAAGAAUUCGCAGCUUCCCUCAUGAACGUGGUGUAUGGGCAACUUACGUUUUUGUGCCUUAUACCCCAAGUCAAGAGUUUCUCAGUUUGAGUAGCCUACUGGUGGGAUUUGCACUCCAACAGGAUGUGAAAUUUACUGUCUCAGAGGAUUUUCAUCUUAGUUUAUCCCACACUCAGCAACUGCGCCAUCAUUGGAUAGAGCCACUCGUUGAUGGUCUGAAAAAUACAUUACGUGAAAUUCCAAAUUUUACUGUUUCAUUUAACUCUGUGGAUGUGUAUGCAAAUCAAGAGGAAACACGGACAUUCAUUGGAUUGAAAGUUCACCACGGAAUAAACUAUCUGAAACAACUGACAGAAAGAGUGAAUAACUGCUUAGAAGAGUUUAAACUUCCACAGUUUUAUAAGGAUCCAUCGUUUCACAUGAGCAUAGCAUGGUGUGUUGGAAAUAGGACAGAACAAGUGAUGUCCAUUCUUCCUGACCUCCAGAUUAUUUUCCAGACCUGGGUUCAGGAACAUCUGAAGAAACGAUCCUUUCAUGUCACUAAAGUUUUUUGUAAAAGUGGACACAAGAUAUUUAACAUAUGUUUGAAACAAAACUCCUGAAGCACUUAAGAAAUUGACUUGUAUUAGUUAUCAUUAUUUUGUACAUUUGAUCCUGUAAAUAAGUCAAAUAGAGUUUAUUCUGUGUAAUAAAUAGAUUUUUUAGUACAA